AUGCUGACUUACGCAUCGAUUGCUUUAUUUCUUUAUACUGUAUGCAGCUGCCUCAUAGUUGGAACUGCUUUUCUAGUGUUUGGCGAAGAAAAACCUCUUUACCAACUCACUUAUGCUUUUUGGAACGUCUACCAAGCAUUAUCCUUUGCUGCUGUUGUUUGGUUUUCUCUAGCAGCAACCGGGGGGCUACAACGCUUACUGCAAUGCUCUUUGGGAUAUGUGUGCUGCCGAAAUCAGCGAGCUACCACUCAGACUAUAUCUGUUACAGUUCAAGAUCGUCACUGCACCACGGAGAGAUACUUCAGUCAACUAGAGUCAGCAUGGCGGCGACAUGCUAAGUUGUAGCCGAUCAGGAUUGCUUGACGUCAGAUUCAGUUCUCUCAGCCUAAUGGGUUCUGAUAGA